AUGGAUAGAAGUAUUAAUAAAAAGGAAAAUGGAAUUUUCAACAAUCUUGGAAGGAGAACAAAAUACCAAAGAAAGAUAUUGCCAUUGAUAUUUGACGGGUACGAAUCUCAGAAUAAAAAUAUUGAAGUAGUUGAGAACGAAGCUCUAUACUUGAAGCAAUCUCUUAUUGUACCAAUAAACAGGAUAACAAACUUAUCAUUGAAUCCAGGAGAUCCAUAUUUUUUGAUUUGGUAUUUCAUAUCUUCGUAUUUUCCUCUUAUAUGUGCUUGCUUAGGACCAUUAGCAAACAUGGUUUCUGUAAUAGCUCUCAUAGUACAUUGGAGAAUUGAAAUAGAGAAUAACCAAUUCGUAUCUGACCAAAAAUAUUUGCUAGUAUUGAAUUCAUUAAGUUUAGCAUUGGGGAUUAUUGGUAACUUAUCUUUGUUGAUGAAUUUUUCUAAAACUGUGAAGUACUUAAUAGCACAAUUUAUUUCCAUAACUUGUUGGCUUGUUGCUGGUACUUUAUUAUUAGUAGUGGUGAUUCAAACGGAUAAAUCUUUCAAAGGACAUUCUCCACACUUUCGCCCAUCCGAGGGCUUUUGGUUUGGUGUAUUUACAACAUUUUUUUAUUACUGUUGUUCAAUCAUUCUAAUAAUUAAUUUUAUAGGUUAUAAGUUAAAGAAAUAUCCACCAAGUUUCAAUUUGGAUUAUAAACAAAGAACCUUGAUGUUGUAUACCAUUUGCUUUUCGAUUUGGUUGACAAUAGGAGCAGUUGUUAUAGGUCACUUAAUACCACACUUGAAUUACGGGUCAUCACUAUAUUUCUGCAUAGUUUCAGCAUUAACUAUUGGAUUAGGAGAUAUAUUGCCUCAUUCCCCAGGAGCUAAAAUUUUUGUAUUAGUAUUUUCAUUCAUUGGAGUAAUUAUUAUGGUGUUAAUUAUUACUAUGAUCAGACAAGUAAUUUUAUCAUCAGAUGGGCCUACAGUCUUUUGGCAUUUGGUUGAGAAACAGAGGGUUAAAGAAAUACUUUAUUUGAAUAAUAAUUCUAUUCAUUUAGAUGAGAAGGAGUCAUUUUAUAAAAUGCAGUCAAUUAGAAAGAAAGCUAAACUGAUUCAAAGGAACGUGUCAUUACUUUUAUCAAUAGUCAUAUUCUUUAUUAUGUGGUUUGGUGGAGCAACAGUAUUUUUUUUCUGUGAGGGAUGGUCAUAUAUUGAUGCAUUCUAUUUUUGCUUUUUAUGCCUAAUUACAAUUGGUUAUGGUGACUUUGCUCCAAAAUCCUCUCUUGGUCGAGUAUUUUUUGUAUCUUGGGGUAUUGCUGCAGUCCCUCUAAUGACAAUUAUAGUAUCAAAUGUUGGUGAUAGAUUAUAUGAAUUUGCGGAUAAUACGAGUUAUUUUAUAAGUAAGUGGUUUAAUAAGGAGUAUUAUGGGUAUUUGAAUGCCAAAAAAGAUCCAACAAACAUAAAAGUGAACAGCAAAGUAGGAAGCGAUGGAAGAGAGGAAAGUAUUGUGGUGGUAGGCGAAAGUCAGGAGCUAAAUAUACCGAAUAGGGCCACUUCUCAAGACAUAGUAAGAACAAACUCAAUUGAUAAAAUAGGGAGUUUUGAAGAAUCAAUUUUGGAUAAUAGUCAAGAUCAGAAAAAUAAUGAACAACUCGUGAUGUUAAUGGCCGAACGAAAAAGAUUCAUUAUAAAUAUAGUGCUGACACUAGAUCGAUUAAAACCGCUUAUUUUAGAUGCAUUAGAAUCUCCUUUAAAGUCAUAUGAACAUCGGGAAUGGUCAGAUGUGCUAUUUGAAACCGAUAAAAAUAAGAGCGGAACAAUGAUUGUAGAACCUAAAAUGGAUAUGUUGGUUCUGGUCUCCCCUGAGAAUAUUCUACAUUCUUGGAUAGGGGACAGUUCACCAUUGAGGCUUCCGUUGAAUGAACCCCGCUACUUGAUAAUGAAUAUUAUUGAGAACCUUGAGAAUCACUUGCAUGAUAUAAAUGUUCGUUAUCUGGAUCGUUAUGAAAUUCUGCUUAAAUAA